AUGAGCGGCGAGCCCACUCCAAAGGAGGAAGGCCCCCAGCGACAGGGCCUCUCGCUGGCGACGCUGGCGACCCACGCAGGGAUCCCCCGAAAACCUCUGCUAGCUGGGGGGCAGGAUUCUGCUCAGAAGAAGUCUCACACCCUCCCACAGAACGCCCAUGUGACCCCCCUGUUUCAGACCACUGUGUUUGACUUUGACUCCGUCCAAACGGCGGCGGACCAAGUGCUUCGCCAAGGUGCUUAUGAGUACGGCCGAGUUGGACUCCCAAACCCACAUGAACUAGGCGCGGCGGUUGCGGCACUAGAGGGGGCAGAUGAAGGGGUGGCCACAUCGACAGGAAUGGGCGCAAUCUCCGCCGCACUGCUGUCGCACCUGCGCUCGGGGGACCCCGUGAUUGCGCAGUACAACGGUUUUCCAAGCCCGUAA